ACAAAAGAACGUUUGAGCAGGACAUACGGGAAAUAAACAGAACAGAUGGUGCAUUCAUUUAUGUACAUAACACUUCUAGAAUGUUUUUUCUUGAUUUUGAUCAAAGAUGCCGGCUGUGUUUUACGAGGGCCGAAAAUAUGGUUCCCUUAUUCGUUGAAAAUGGAAGACCAGAGCCGACUUUGUGUGAUCGCAUAGAAAACUGCACCUGUCUCAAGGCUCCCAAGUUUUAAUUUUUGUGUCGUUCCUCUGCUGUUCAAGCUUGUUGAGUGUGAUGGCCUUCCAAGUGCGAUGUGCAUCGACUGUCUUUCUAAACUUGACCUCUUCAAGGAGUUUCAAGAACAGUGUCAAAGGACAGACGCAGUUUUAAAAGAACACCUGCAUGCUUUUCUUGCUGCUAAAGAGCAACAAGGAAACUUUAUUGAAAGUGAUGCAGAGGUUCAAAAACCGAACAUCUCAUCUGAGGCGAUCUUAGAGACUAAUCAUAUUGAAGAAAGUGUUUGUGAUAGUGGCACUGAAUUCUCAACCCAAAUACAAGAGUUAAAUCUGCCCACUAAGCUGGAGGAUUCCAUCACCCUAAAUAAACCUCGCUCAGGAAAACGUAGAAAUAAGAAAGUGAAAUCACUCGAUCCAGCAGACCAGAAGCAAUUUGAAAACAAUGACAACCAAGAAAAUAAUAUUGGUUUUGAGGAUAACGAAUAUAAAUGGCCUGGAAGCCUCUCAGAUGAAGAAUUAGAACGCCACAAUGGUCUGAAUGAAUCUAAAACGCAAGAUUGUAAUAAUCCGGAUGCUAUUGGAAAUCAGAAAAGAAAGUCAAAGGUAUAUGAAUGUGAAUAUUGUGGCCGAACUUUUACAAGGUCCAAUCAUCUGGCUCAACACGAGCUUACUCACACUAAGGAUGAGCCAUUUCAUUGUUACUAUUGCAACAAGGGAUUUUGGUAUAAGAACUCUCUCAUUGGCCACAUAAAACAGAACCACACUGGAGAUGUGAAUUAUACCUGUGAGGAAUGCGGGCGUGGUUUUUUCCAACGUUCAGAAUUCAUGCGCCACAAACCUAUUCAUUCAAAUGAAACUCCUUUCAAAUGUGAGGAAUGUGGUAUGACCUUUAAACUCAUGAAAAAUCUCAAGAGGCAUCAGAAGGUUCACACAGCUGCUCGCACUCACACCUGUCAAUAUUGUGGAAAGUCAUUCAGAAUGCUUCAGACUUUGCGAGUACACCUUAUUACCCACACAGGGGAAAAACCUUUCAAAUGCACACAUUGUGGGAAAGGCUUUUCUCAGUCUGCUCCUCUCAAGGCUCACAUAAGAAGCUUGCACACAGGGGAAAAACCAUAUCCAUGUGAAAUGUGUGGAGAGUCUUUCCCUACAGGAAACGCACUCAAGUCCCACAUUUUCAAGCACACCGGCAUACAUCCCUACAGCUGUAAUGCCUGUUCAGUGGUUUUUAAGCGUAAAAAGGACCUAACAGACCACCGAAACGCUGUUCAUGGCGGAUUCAUUACAUCUCCUGUGAAAGUGCCUCCCAAGUUACCUCUUCAUGAGGUCUGCAUUCAAGAUGAAGAUCAAGAUGAAGUUCAAGAUGCGGUUCAAGAUGAGGCUGAUACUUUUGCAGAUGAGGUUGAUACCCAAGAAGUAGCAUCAAAUGCAUCUCUGAAUCACCUAUCGGAUCUUCAUGAUCAGUUGUCCUCCCCAGUGCCAAUGGAACCUCUGUUGAAACUUGAGCCAACUACUCCACAGCGCAUUGAUGUUCAGCAACACAUUAUGUUAAGUGGUGAUGAUUCGUUUUCAGAAGAUUCAAUGUCUGUCAGCACUUUGCCUCCGCUACCUCUUUCAUUGCUCCAACAGUCCUCUCCUAUUUCAUCACCCCUUAUGUCACCUAGUUCUGAGGAUCUUCUCCCAACUGACUUGACCUUGACUUUCUCAUGACAUCAUCAUUUUAUAUGUUUGGAAUGUAUGUGAUAUGCAGAAGGGCCGUGCUAGAGAUAAGGAAACAGUGCUGUUUUGUACCAUUUGCCUUAUUAUACUGGAAGUGAGCAUAUUCCUGGUGUACUGAAGGUUAAUUUUCAAGUUCCUGAUUGUGAUGAUGAAUGACAGUUAGCUCUUUUGGUGGUCUGAUCUCAAUCUUAUUUAACAAAUGUCAGAAGUUACAUUUAAAUUGUGCCUUAAAGUUUUGUUAAUUAUUUACAUUAUGUGGCUUUGUACUUUACCUUUUUAAUUUUUAACAUUUUAAAUCUAAAUGAAUUUUCUUUAAUUUUUUUCGCUAGCAGUUUGACAUUAUUUGCUGUACGUUUUUGUAACAACGGAGCAAUUUUGUAAUUUUCCAGUUUACAGUAUUUUUUAUUGAUUUGACUGUUGCAGAGUGCUUCCCAGGGAAAAUGAAGUGAAGUGUGAUAUUUUGUGUCAAAAUUAGAUUAUUUUGAUCUUAACAGUUUUUUUUUUUUUCUUCUUAUUCUUUUCCCUGGGUGCAGCUGGGUGCAGCUUAUAAGUGAUAACUUUUAAUUUUUAAUCCACCCCGCGACAUCAGAGAUAAGCAUUUAUCUCUGGCGACAUGAACUAAGUGUCAGACCGUUGAACUGAAUUGAAUUUGGACAUAAGAGUGAUAAUAAAUGUUGACUAAUUUAACAA